UGCCGGGAGCUCUGCCGAAAAAUGGCGGCGGCCGCGGAGCUGACGCUGCUGGAGAAGUCUCUGGGACUGAGUAAAGGGAACAAGUACAGCGCUCAGGGCGAGCGCCAGAUUCCAGUUCUUCAGACAAACAAUGGUCCAAGUCUAACGGGACUGACUACCAUAGCAGCUCACCUAGUCAAGCAGGCCAACAAGGAAUACUUGCUGGGGAUCACGGCAGAGGAGAAAGCCGUGGUUCAGCAGUGGUUAGAAUACAGGGUAACUCGAGUGGACGGACACUCCAGUAAAGAUGACAUCCACACUGUCCUGAAGGAUCUUAAUUCAUACCUUGAAGAUAAAGUCUACCUUACAGGAUAUAACUUCACAUUGGCAGAUAUCCUGUUGUAUUAUGGGCUUCAUCGCUUUAUUGUUGACCUGACAGUUCAAGAGAAGGAGAAAUACCUUAACGUGUCGCGCUGGUUUUGUCACAUUCAGCACUGUCCAGGCAUUAGGCAGCAUCUGUCUAGUGUUGUCUUCAUCAAGAACAGACUAUAUACUAACUCCCAGUAGAAGCCACCCGCGCCCCGCCCAGAAGAGGGAGUAACCCAUGCCCAGUGGGAAGUGUGUUUCAGACCAGAGGACUGACGUGAACUGAUACGCACCCAUUCUCUGUUUGUUGAAGUUGGUAGAAUUUAAGUACAGACUCAUGUCCCAGCGUUUUGUCUGUUUUUUAGUUGACAUUUUGCAGUUUUUUUUUAAUGUAAAACUUCAGCUGCUGUCAAAACUUGAGUUGAAAUCAAGUUAUCAAUUAUCUUGGUUUUUAUAGAUAUAGAUGAAAUUUCUGUUAAUAAAAGUUGCAAAUCAGUGGUUUAAUCUUUAAAAAAAAGUCCUUCCAGUGAUUGAUGUCUUUGACUGGUUAUUGACCUCUUUCAUCUUGUAAAAUUCAUUUCCCCCUUCUGCGUGUUUCUAGUAGUUUGUUGAUUAACAGCUAGAGUAAAUUGUCACCAAGGAGACAAAAGGGGGAGACAGAUGGAUUUGUCUUUCGAUAUUUAUGUGAGCCAGUAAAGGUGGUUGAGAAAAACCUUUUUUGUUUCUUUCUUUCCUGUAGUCAGUAUUUAUUGAAGUGAAACCAACUGCUGCUCUGCCCAAGAGGGAAAUGGGAUAAAAUACGUUCCCUCAAGU